GCCCAGGGAGGGGAGGGGCGACGCCAGCGGGGCCCGAGGGGCCGGAGCGGGAAAGGGUUGGACCGCUGCCGCGCGAGACCGGCCCAGCCCACACGGCGGGAGGCCGCAGCCCCGCGCAGUUCUUCAUCCCCUUCUCGCAGCAGGUGUUCAGCGUAUAUACCCUCCCUCUUUCUUGGGCUCUUAACUCGUGUCCGGUACUAUGCCGAACUCUUGAUAGUUGUUCAACAUUGUCACCGAGCUCCUACCAUGAGCCAGGCACCAUUCCAAUUUCUGGGACAACCACAGUGAACAGAACAGACAAAACCCCUGUCCUGGUGGAAUUUACAGGCUUAGGAGGUGGAGGCAGACAAACAUAGGCAUCCUGCCUCUGUGGCUCUGCCCCAUGCAUCCUGUGCACUUGCUGUCCCUCCAGCCGUAACUCCACCGUGAGCCGCCUCGUCUUCACGGCCUUCCUCUUCUUGGGGGUGCUGGUGUCUGUAAUCAUGCUGAGUCCUGGCGUGGAGAGUCAGCUCCACAAGCUGCCCUGGGUGUGUGAGGAGGGGGCCGGGACACCCAUCAUCCCUCAGGGCCACAUCGACUGUGGCUCCCUGCUCGGCCACCGUGCUGUCUACCGCAUGUACUUCGCCACGGCAGCCUUUUUCUUCCUAUUCACCCUGCUCAUGAUCUGCGUGCGCAGCAGCCGGGACCCCAGGGCUGCCAUCCAAAACGGGUUUUGGUUCUUUAAGUUCCUGAUCCUCGUGGGCAUCACUGUGGGGGCCUUCUACAUCCCCGACGGCUCCUUCUCCAACAUCUGGUUCUACUUCGGUGUGGUGGGCUCCUUCCUCUUCAUCCUCAUCCAGCUGGUGCUGCUCAUCGACUUUGCACACUCUUGGAACCAGCGCUGGCUGGGCAAAGCUGAGGAGUGCGACUCCCGAGCCUGGUACGCAGGUCUCUUCUUCUUCACCCUCCUCUUCUACGCGCUGUCGAUCGCAGCUGUGACGCUGCUGUUCAUCUACUACACCCUGCCGGGUGCCUGCAACGAGGGCAAGAUCUUCAUCAGCCUCAACCUCACCUUCUGUUUCUUCGUCUCCAUUGUCGCCGUCCUGCCCAAGGUCCAGGAUGCCCAGCCUAACUCCGGUCUGCUGCAGGCCUCGGUCGUCACACUCUACACGAUGUUCGUCACCUGGCUGGCCCUGUCUAAUGUCCCUGACCAGAAAUGCAACCCCCAUCUGCUGACACACUUCGGCAACGGGACCAUCCUGGCAGGCCCCGAGGGCUAUGAGACCCAAUGGUGGGAUGCCCCGAGCAUCGUGGGCCUCCUCAUAUUCAUCCUGUGCACGUUCUUCAUCAGUCUGCGCUCCUCGGACCACCGGCAGGUGAACACCCUGAUGCAGACAGAGGAGUGCCUGGCCGGGCCGGAGGCCGUGCAGCAGCAGCAGGUGGCGGCCUCUGAGGGCCGGGCCUUCGACAAUGAGCAAGACGGUGUCACCUACAGCUACUCCUUCUUCCACGUCUGCCUGGUGCUCGCGUCUCUGCACAUAAUGAUGACGCUCACCAACUGGUACAGGCCCGGCGAGACCCGGAAGAUGAUCAGUACAUGGACUGCUGUGUGGGUGAAGAUCUGUGCCAGCUGGGCCGGGCUGCUCCUCUACCUGUGGACCCUGGUAGCCCCCCUCCUCCUGUCCAGCCGUGACUUCAGCUGAGGCAGCCCCUGUAGCCUGCCCACCCGGUGCGUCGGGGCCCAGAGUCAGCCAGCUGUCCCCAACCCUCCCCAGGACUUGCCUCUGAAAAGGGCCCCCCCUAGUCUGAGUGCCUUCAGGGAUGGGGAACACCAGGCCCAAGACUGAGUCCCCUCCAGUCUCCCCAGCCGUGGAGUUGCCCCUUCCCUACCCUUGUCCAGACCACCCAUACUCACCCUCUUGGGAAAAAAGAGCCCCUUGUUCUCAGGCUCCCCAGGAGAGGGUCCGGAAGGAGAGAAGCACCCAGAGCCACUCAGAGAGUGGGAGCCCUCAUCCGUGGUGCCCAGCACUGAGGUUGGGUGUUCCUGACUGUGCCCCUGGGGCACCCCGCCCGCUUCCUGGACUCUGUGCCUUGCUCAGUCUCUAAGACUUUGCCCAAUAAACAAGCCAACACAUGUGCCUUCCCA